UCUUAGAACUCUUAAGAAAACAUCUCAGGUUGCAGGAAGUUGUUGUGGCGCCCUUCUUUUUCACUUUUGCAUUGUUGUGGCAUGCAUGUAGGUUACCCAGUGACGUUUAUGAUUGAGAUCUGACAGGCUGUUCAGAAAGCACACAUACUGCUCCGAGAGAAGACGCAAGUGGGCGCUUGGAAAACCGUGACGGUCUGCGGGGAUGUGGAAACAAGAGACGCUCGGCUUCGUGAGAGAGUUUAGUAAAGCCCCAGAGAGAGGGAGAGAAAUACAGAGAGAUAGAGAAGGAAAUGUAGAAAGGGAGAGGGGAGUGUCUGUUGUGAGAGUUUCCUGUCGACACAGAGCUGGUCUAGAGAGGGAAGACGGGGGGAAAGAAAGCUGGCGGCUUCACAAGAUCCAGCAGGUGAAACUCAAGCGCAUUAUUCACAUCAAGGUGGGUCAGAGUUGAAACCACACCGUCAGCAUGGGAAAGCAGAACAGCAAGCUCCGUCCCGAGGUGAUACAGGACCUGCUGGAAAACACCGACUUCACUGAGCAUGAGAUCCAGGAGUGGUACAAGGGCUUCCUGCGGGACUGUCCCAGCGGCGCGCUCAGCAUGGAGGAAUUCAAGAAGAUCUACGGCAACUUCUUCCCCUAUGGAGACGCGUCAAAGUUUGCAGAGCACGUCUUCCGAACCUUCGACGCCAAUGGAGACGGAACGAUAGAUUUCAGAGAGUUCAUCAUCGCCCUGAGCGUCACGUCACGCGGCCGUCUGGACCAGAAGCUGAAGUGGGCCUUCAGUAUGUACGAUCUGGACGGUAACGGAUACAUAAGCAAGGCCGAGAUGCUGGAGAUCGUACAGGCCAUCUAUAAGAUGGUUUCUUCAGUGAUGAAGAUGCCAGAGGACGAGUCCACACCUGAGAAACGCACGGAUAAGAUCUUCCGCCAGAUGGACACCAAUCGUGAUGGUAAGCUGUCGCUGGAAGAGUUUGUUGAGGGUGCAAAGAGCGACCCAUCCAUCGUGCGACUGUUGCAGUGCGACCCCAGCAGUGCGGGACAGUGAAUCAGCGCUCAUGACCUCUCCUCCUCAAGUCUUUCUGUGUUCGCUCUCCUUCAGAUAUCAGCAGAGCAUGGACUCCAAACCCACAGGCCCAUCUCUGAGUGUCUGUGGGUUUCCCUCUGAACACCACGCAUGAGAACUUUAUUUCCCCACAGACACAGAUCCGUUAACGGUUAGCAGCGGACAAUCAGAGAUCGUGUCCAUGUGUCUCUCUGGAUUUUGAAUUCCUCAUAUAAGGCUUUUUGCAUUUCAACACAACAGGCAGUGAUGCAAGUGACAUCACAUCCUGUUGUAAGCUUUUGGUACUGAAAUAAACCCCUUCGAAAAGAGCUUUAAAGAAUAAACGAGAGGGAGUCGAAGCAAAAUGCACCAGAUAAUGUGACACUUUGUCAAACUUUUCGAAACAGCAAAAUAUAGUUUAUUUAAGAAUUAUUUUAAAAUAAAUUCAAUCAUUUUACAAAUGUCAUUCCUAGUGUUCCUAGUAUUUCAGUUCCAUUCAUCACAAACAUCUAUUUAAAAAGAGUCACUUAAGCGACAUAACAGUUUUUUUACUUGAAUAUUUUUUUUUUUUACUGCAUUAUGAUGUCAAAGCCUGUGAUAGAGUCUUUAAGGGGCGGUUCGGGUCAGGUUUUAUCGUGAUGGCGCUCUUUUAAGGAGCAUCAGGAUAAAUAAAAUAAAAAACGUGAAAAAAAUUACUUUUUUUAAACAUUAAUACUCGCUACAUAGGACUGACAGUAACCAAAUAGUUGGAAAAUUUCAUAAAACAAAUAAAUAUUUUCUUAGGGGUGAUAAUAAUAUUGAUCUUGCUGCUUCAAAAGAGAAGAAACAUUAAAAAGUAUUAGGCGACAACAAAAAAAUUGUAGAUAUAAUUUAUGGUUUAACUUGAUGGCUAAGGGAAAAUUUAUCACACCACAAAACAAAACAAAAAAUAAUUAUAAAAAAAAAAUAAAAUGACAUUUUCUUUUGUUUCAAAUAAUCAUUUGUACAGUAAAAACAUAUGUAUCCAACACAUUCACCUCAGCUUUCCAGACACUUUCUACUGGAUCCAGAGCUUGUUUCAGUCCAUCUUCUGCCCACUCCAUCAGCUGUGAACAUGCACUCGUUUAAUUAUUCAUAUCUGACUGAAUCUUGGCCUUAGUAUUCAGUUCAGGUCUUUCUUUUUAUAUCCGGCUCAAAUCAUUUUGCACGUUGUCCACCUCAAACUGAAUGUAUUCUCUGCAUCUACUGGGACUUUCUGUCCGUUUCAGGAUGAAUAUGUAUGUAUGUGAUGCUUUUUGAGUACUUGUGUGUUUAUUCAGCGUUUUGUCUAUGCAUACCGUACGUUUGGGUCAGCAGUUGUUAACGUGUAAGAAUAUUUCUACACAACCUCAGGGUUUUAAAUGCAAGGGACUGUGCAAAUGGACGGCAUAUAGUCCAUUUAUAAAUGCACAAACACUCGCUCACAUGCAAACCACAUCAUAUCUGAGGCCACAUGAGAGAUGGAUAACCAUCGGAAACUCUCUGCGGUUUUACUUUCAGUGAAGUCGGGGUUGUGAUGAUCAAACUUUCCUCAGCCACAUGCUGAUAAGAAACGCUGGUGAAAGGAGCUUGAAUUCAAAACUGAGCGUUUAGAUUUGUAGAUUCUCCUUCAUGAAAACACUUAAAGCAUCUGGCAUUUCGUUUAUAAACCACAGAAGACAGCAGCAUGUGGUCAAGUGCCAAACACAGAUGAAUAUAAAUGGCAAAACAAACAGUGUUCAAUCAGUGUUUGCUGUACAACUGUUAUCUGUCAAACUAUACGUCAUUAUCGUUCUGUAGAUUUUAUAUGGUAACCUGUACAUCUGUGUUGGUUAUAUCCUAAAUAAAAAUCUUAAAAGGAAAA